GUCUAGCGGAUGUGCUAAAAAACUCUUUUGUCGCUGGUGAUCAGACUAAGUUGAACACGAAUGGCUCCACCUCUUCCUCUGAUGUUUCUGCUCAUGAUUCCAUGGGUUUAUAGUGCUGAUGAUUGGGGUGUGAGUUACACGUCUAAAUACAUCUGUGCACUAAAGGGGUCAUCAGUGAUAAUGUCCUGCACUUAUAAAUACCCUCCUGAAUAUAAGAUCAAGAAAGUGUUCUGGACCAAAUUGAUUGAAAAGGGUGUAGAGCCUCCAGAUCUGUCUGAUGACACUGAAUACAGUCAGAGGAUUCAGUAUCUGGGAGAUAAACGGCAGAACUGCACCAUCAGACUGAAUGAUGUGACACAGAAGGAUUCACACAAGUACUAUUUCAGAUUCAUUACUGAUAAACCCGAUGGAAGAUGGAUUGGUUAUCCUGGAGUGACUCUUGAUAUCACAGAUCUUCAUGUGGAGUCUCCUGAGAGUGUGACAGAGGGAGAUACAGUCAGUCUGACAUGUAAAAGCACCUGUAAUCUGACUGACAGAGCAACAUUCAUCUGGUUGAAAAACACACAGUCAUUAACUGAGAGAAACAAUAAACUCCUCCUGCAGUCAGUCAGAAGAGAGGAUGCAGGCAGAUAUAGCUGUACUGUACACGGACACAAUCUCACAUCACCUCAUGUUUAUCUCAAUGUUAGAUAUCCUCCAGAGGAUCCUGUAAUCUCCAUCAGUCCAUCUGGUGAAAUAAUAGAGGGUGAUUCAGUGACUCUGACCUGCAGCAGUGAUUCAAACCCACCUGCAGACAUCAGCUGGUUUAAAGAGAAAACAUUUCUUACACAUGGGCAAAUCUACAGCAUCACAAGUAUCCGCUCUGAUCACAGUGGAGAAUACAAGUGCAAGUCCAGAAAUGAAGCUGGAGAGAAAUACUCUGAUACUGUCACUUUAAAUGUCAUGUAUGCCCCAAAGACUGUCUCAGUGUCCAUGAGUGGAUCUGGUGAAAUAGUUUUGGGUGAUUCAGUGACUCUGACCUGCAGCAGUGAUUCAAACCCACCUGUUCUGAACUACACCUGGUUUAAGGAGAAUGAAAGCUCAGCUGUUGGAUCUGGACAGAGUUACAGUGCACUACAGAGUGGAUUCUUCUACUGUGUGGCUCAGAAUCAACAUGGAUCUCAGAGAUCAGCUGCUGUAUCAGUGACAGUCCAUCAUAGAUCUGGUUGGCAUGUAGUGUUGGGGAUCACAGUGGGGUGUGGAGGAUUACUCAUCAUCAUCAUCAUCAUCAUCAUCAUUCUGUUUAAAAUGAAAAAGCAUGCAGGUGUUAAAAAUGAGAACCUCUCAGUAAAUCAGGAUCAUAUCUAUUCUGAUGUGAUAGAGAGAGUUUCAGUCCAUGAUGCUCCUCUUUCUGAAAGUGAAACAGCUGAUCACAAUGAUGCUCAGUACUCCAGUAUUACACCGAAGAGACUCAGAGGAAAUCUGACCGCUGGAAAAGAUCCUGAAUCCACUACAGAGAUUGAGUAUGCAACUGUCCAACAUCACAAAAACAAAAAGAUGAAAAGAACAGAAGAACAUGAAUCCCAGAAUGACAGGCGAUCAGAUAUGCUGACUGUUGAAGAGGCCUCAGUGAUCUACAGCAGUGUUAGAUGAUCAAUAAUGAUCCAUGGAGUUUAUUGAUUCUCUGUUGCCGCUUAUAGAAUAUCUGACCACCACUAUCAACAUAUUCAAUAACCCACAUUAAAUCUGAUUUCUUCUCUUUUGUCUUUUAGCAUCAUACUUAUUGCAUGCUGGACUAAUGUAAUAUCUGUAUCUUGUAAUUUGCUUUGUAUGUUUUUUUUUUUUUUUUUUUUUUUAAAGUUUGGUUAUUAAAGUUUGUCUCUGAUUUUGAAUUUCUGUUUGUUUAUUGUAAUCUGAUUUUAAUCUAUAGUACUUUGGUGUACAAUGUUUUUCUAAGU